AUGGCCAGCCGCAGUGUGACGCCCGAGCAGGAGCUGCGCAUCGUUCAGACGAUCCUGACGCUGCGCUCCCUCGGCGACACGGCGUCAAGUGAGCGACUCCGCCACAAAGUGCGCCGCUGCCUGCAGGAGUCCACAGACGACGACGCGGCCGUGGCGAUGGCCGGCCAGCUGCUGCGCCGCUACACGAAAAUAGUGAAGAAGCUCGACGGCUCGUACGAGCGGGAGCGGGAGCUGAAGAGGCGACGCAGUGAGAUGGAGGCGCGGCGGGCGUCGCAGUUUGUCGACGACGAGGCAGAGAGCGGCGGCGACGACGACGACCAGAAGGAGGGGGAGUGA